CAAGGGAUUAAUAAUCGUAUAAAAGGGCAUUCUAAACGAGGAAUGAAAAAAAUUCGAGCUCAACACAGGAACUAUGGAAAUGUAGCAAUUGUAAACGAGUUCAAUACUUCGAAGAUUUGCCCAUAUUGCUUUUCCAAAGUUGUUCUUCAUCACGCCUGCAGGAACAUUAACGGAAAAGAGCGGACUGUUCGCCUCCAUGGUGCAGUAGAAUGCGUUCAUCCUCGGUGCCCGGCAAGGAAGUUAAAUUACACAACACGAGGAAGGGACGCUAAUGCAUCUGCAAACAUCGCUCUAUCUGGAGCAUCGAUUAUUCUAGCUGCUGACCGUCGGCCCCUUCCUCCGUUUCGUCGUAAUUCAUCUAAUCAAACAAGGUACAACCUUGUAAAAGAACUUUCUUUAGUUGCAACACCAGAAUUGGUUCCUCGUGACUUCAUUCGAUUUUUUACAGUAAUAGUGUCCAAAGAUUCAAAAACUUCAGAAAUUGAUUCUUCUGGCGAUAUCAGUGGAGUAGAUGGUGGGACGGUUACUGUAUUAUUUGAUAAUUUCGAUUCACCUAUCGUCCUCUCCACGGUAAAUGCUUUACCACAUCCUGGAUAUCCAAUUGCUGAAUCAUACCCAAUUGCAUCAUAUCCAAUUGCCGAAAGAUCCGAAAGUAAUCCUGAAUCAUACCCAAUUGCCGAAAGAUCCGAUUGCCGAUACCCUGACUCGAAUACGAAACAAACUGCAUCAUAUCCAAUUGCCGAAAGGACCUGUUAA